AUGGCCACAGGUGUGAGUCAGCUCUUGUUUUUCAUUCUGUUUUUCUUUUCAUCUCAUUCAUGGCAGAUGGUUUUGGCUGCUUGCAGGAGUGGUGUAUAAGCACAGCACUCUAUUUUACGCCGGUGGAUUAUUCUCCAAGAUGGGACAGUAAUGGUUUAUAUGGACAAUGAGUAAGCCCUCUGCUGUGCUGUGUUACCAGGGUCGCCCUAAUCAGUGGAGAUUGUGUGUGUGUGUGUGUGUGUGUGAGAGAGAGAGACAGGAGAGCAGCAGGGGCGGGCACUGCAGGGGACAGAGAUUCAGUCCCUGCCUGCCUCCCUGCCUGCCGUGAGAGCUGGAUUAGGCACUGUACGUACACUGGCUGCUGUUUUCAAAUUGCUCUAAAUUCUCUGAGAUUAAGGGGGAAAUGAAUGAACAGUGACAGUCUGUCAUGGGGGAAAAUGCUUAAUAUCAAAACAACCAUGCAAUAUACAAAACACAUCCUUAAAAACCAAUAUGCAGUAUACAUGGGGUCGUGUUUCAAGAUAUACUGUUGAAGAUACAUUAUCCAUUAAGCUCACUGUAUACCGGUCUUAAAAGUCAUACAAAUAUAACUACAACAAGCAGGAACAGUGCUGGGUACAGUAUUUAUUUUAUAAGGAGGUUUACAUUGCUUUGCUCACUUUCAAUGUUUAAAGAGUAUCCUUUGGGCUGAUGAUCAAUGUCCUUAGCUGAAUGAUGCUAAUCAUAUUCUUAUAUAGCCUUCCACUACAGGCCGUUAGUGGGGCUUUUAAUGCCAGUCUUAAUGUCGGACUACUCCAGACUGCAUAGUGAACCAUAUGGGAACAAUAGAUCAGAGUAACCGCUCCCUGCAAUGUAAUAGACCUGGGGAUGUGUGUGCAGCCUACUGGUAGUAUCUGUUUGUCAAUGUUAUAAGCCACAAUACUUCUACUUCCAUAGUACUGUUAGUCUCUGACAUCUCUCAAGCAGUAUAGACAGUACAGACAUUUUCUUCUGCAAUGCAUCAUAUCCUUUUAAUGACAGUUACUUAGUUAAAGGGGCAAUCUGGGAUUUAAAAAAAUGAAUGUACCAAUCCCAGAUUAAUUGCAAAUAAAAAGCCAUAUCUCAGACUGCCCAUCUUAAUCUUUUCUUUUUACUGGCCAGUCUGAGAUAUGGCUUUUUCUUUGCAACUCUGCCUAGAAGGUCAGCAUCCUGGAGUCGCCUCUUCACUGUUGACGUUGAGACUGGUGAAGCUGCCAGUUGAGGACCUGUGAGGCGUCUGUUUCUCAAACUAGACACUCUAAUGUAUUUGUCCUUUGUUCAGUUGUGCACCGGGGCCUCCGACUCCUCUUUCUAUUCUGGUUAGAGACAGUUUGCGCUGUUCUGUGAAGGGAGUAGUACACAGCUUUGUACGAGAUCUUCAGUUUCUUGGCAAUUUCUCAUAUGGAACAGCCUUAAUUUCUCAGAACAAGAAUAGACUGACGAGUUUCAGAAUACAGUUAUUUGUUUCUGGCCAUUUUGAGCCUGUAAUCAAACCCACAAUUGCUGAUGCUUCAGAUACUCAACUAGUCUCAAGAAGGCCAGUUGUAUUGCUUCUUUAAUCAGCACAACAGUUUUCAGCUGUGCUAACAUAAUUGCAAAAGGGUUUUCUAAUGAUCAAUUAGCCUUCUAAAAUGAUAAACUUGGAUUAGCAAACACAACGUGCCAUUGGAACACAGGACUGAUGGUUGCUGAUAAUGGGCCUCUGUACAGCUAUGUAGAUAUUCCAUUAAAAAUCAGCCGUUUCCAGCUACAAUAGCCAUUUACAACAUUAACAAUGUCUACACUGUAUUUCUGAUCAAUUUGAUGUUAUUUUAAUGGACAAAAAAAUUGUUUUUCUUUCGAAAACAAGGACAUUUCUAAGUGACCCCAAACCUUUGAACGGUAGUGUACAUCUAAUCAGGACUUCAGUAACCUGCAGCCAUUAGAGACAUCAAACCACUGCUGGUAUGUAGGUGCCUUCACCAUGUCAUGGUUUGCAACCAAAGUGAGUGCCAGCCAUCAUACAAAUAGCUGGCGCUGCUGGAGCUAUUUCCAGUCUUUCACACUCAGGAUGCUGACUGCUGAGAGAUGAGGAGCCAGAUUGGAGCAUCUGUAAUGUCCAUACCCAAGGGCACUAGUGCCUCGGUGGGAGACUGUUCGCCUUGUGUGGAACACUCAAACGAGAUCAGUAAAUAUCACCCCUCACCCACCCGUCGGUUCUCAUCUGCCAUGAACACUCAGCAUAUUUGAUCACAUACAGGGCAUUCGGAAAUUAUUCAGACCCCUUGACUUUUUCCCAAAAUUGUAUGUUACAGCCUUAUUCUAAAAUUGAUUAAAAUAAAUACAUCCUCAUCAAUCUACACACAAUAGCCUGUAAUGACAAAGCAAAAACAGGUUUUUAGAAAUGUUUGCUAAUUUAUUAAAAUAAAAAACUUAUAAAUUACAUUUACAUAACUAUUCAUACCCUUUACUCAGUACUUUGUUGAAGCACCUUUGGUAGCGAUUACAGCCUUGAGUCUUCUUGGGUAUGAUGCUACAAGCUUGGCACACCUGUAAUUGGGGAGUUUCUCCCAUUUUUCUCGGCAGAUCCUCUCAAGCUCUGUCAGGUUUGUUGGGGAGAGUCGCUGCACAGCUUUUUUCAGGUCUCUCCAGAUAUGUUAGAUUGGGUUCAAGUCCAGUCUUUGGCUGGGCCACUCAAGGACAUUCAGAAACUUGUCCCGAAGCCACUCCUGUGUUGUCUUGGCUGUGUCCUGUUGGAAGGUGAAAAUUCACCCCAGUCUGAGGUCCUGAGCACUCUGGAGCAGGUUUUCAUCUCUCUGUACUUUGCUCCAUUCAUCUUUCCCUCGAUCCUGACUAGUCUCCCAGUCCCUGCUGCUGAAAAACAUCCCCACAGCAUGAUGCUGCAUUCACCAUGCUUCACCGUAGGGAUGGUGCCAGGUUUCCUCCAGACGUGAUGCUUGGCCUUCAAGCCAAAGAGUUCAAUCUUGGUUUCAACAGACCAGAGAAUCUUGUUUCUCAUGGUCAGAGUCCGUUAGGUGCCUUUUGGCAAACUCCAAGCGGGCUGUCAUGUGCCUUUUACUGAGGAGUGUCUUCCGUUUGGCCACUCUACCAUAAAGGCCUGAUUGGUGGAGUGCUGCAGAGAUGGUUGUCCUUCUGGAAGGUUCUCCCAUCUCCACAGAGGAACUCUGGAGCUCUGUCAGAGUGAGCAUCGGGUUUUUGGUCACCUCCCUGACCGAGGCCCUUCUCCCCCGAUUGGUCAGUUUGGCCGGGCGGCCAGCUCUAGGAAGAGUCUUGGUGGUUCCAAACUUCUUCCAUUUAAGAAUGAUGGAGGCCACUGUGUUCUUGGGGACCUUCAAUGUUGAAGACAUUUUUUGGUACCCUUCCCCAGAUCUGUGCCUCGACACAAUCCUGUCUCUGAGCUCUACGGACAAUUCCUUCAACCUCAUGGCUUGGUUUUUGCUCUGACAUGCACUGUCAACUGUGGGACCUUAUAUAGACCAUUGUGUGCCUUUCCAAAUCAUAUCCAAAUCAAUUUUAUUUACCACAGGUGGACUCAAAUCAAGUUGUAGAAACAUCUCAAGGAUGAUCAAUGGAAACAGGAUUCACCUGAGCUCAAUUUCAAGUCUUAUAGCAAAGGGUCUGAAUACUUAUGUAAAUAAGGUAUCUGUUUUUUAUUUUUAAUACAUUUGCAAAAAUUCUAAAAACCUGUUUUUGCUUGGUCAUUAUGGGUUAUUGUGUGUAGAUUGAUGAGGGGAAAAAAUUAUUUUAUCCAUUUUAGAAUAAGGCUGUAAUGUAACAAAAUGUGGUUAAAGUCAAGGGGUCUGAAUACUUUCCGAAUGCACUUUAAAUCGACUCGGAUAUGUGCAUUAGCCAUAUUCUGGCACCAUCUCUAGAGUAAAUACAAGUUAUUUUGUAGUGUCUUGCACUGUUCUAAGAAUGUAUCCGUUUCAACAUAACAAAUUCAGCUUUAAUUGUACAACAGUACGGACGACAUCAAAACACAUGCCAUGAUUCUUUUUAUUUUUUUUAUAACCCAUAACUUGAUUUUGGGUGAAUGAUGACCAGGCCUGGUACAUAUCUGCAGGGUCCCAGUGUAACUGCUGUAACUGUAGAAUGAAUAAUGGGUGAGGCCUCGCAAUUCCCUUAAUGCAACUGUGAUUGAAUAAAAGCCCACAGAUAAAGCCUUAAAGCUAGAGGAAGGCUGUGUUUUCCUGUAAGCCACACCAACAGCUCUGCUUAGCCACAUUGGCACCACCACGCCUUGCAGAGAUCACAACACAUCAGGUCAAAGCUAAAAAACACACACAUUCACUCUGGGUCUAAAUAUGGCUUAAUUGAGACUUGUGAAGAACUGUCAUGGAUUAAAUAAAAAAACGCCUGGAAAACUAAGUUUCACAACGAAGCUGUGCCUUUUACUGGUCUUUGGAAAAAGUAGUGCUCAGCUGUUAAUGUGACCUUUAGCAUUACAAUAACUAAUAGUGUCUGCAGCUGCAUAUCUUUUACAAGAUAAUAUACAGGUAACUGCCAGAACAGCUUCAAUGCACCUUUGCAUAUAUUAUACAAGUGUCUGGAACUCUAUUGGAGGGAUGAAAUGCCAUUCUUCGACAAGGAAUUCCAUCAUUUGGUGUUUUGUUGAUGGUGGUGGAAUUUGCUUUUUUUUUUUACACAAAGAUUAGCAGAGCUGUCGAUUGGGCAUUUAUGGAUUUCAUGAGUUCAAAUAUAACACCCAUUGAGUACAUUUGAAUUGUUUUUCUACACAAUAAGACAGAACAAUGCAAAUAAAAAAAUGCCAAAAACAGUGCUAAAGAGUAUUUUAUAAGGAAAUCUAGCGUCUGAAACUUCAGCACCAUGGACAAGUCUUCGUGUGCUAUAACAGCAUAGGCUUCUCACAAGCUGUUACGGAACGCUUUCAUGUUAUCAUUUCGAAAUGGUAAAGCUCAAGCUGCCCAGUAAUGGCAUAACAAAUACUAUGAAUAAAGUACAUCUUUCAUUUCUCGUUGUGGAUUAAUUAUUUUUGUACUUAUGAACUCACUGAGCAAAGCCUUUUUCAUGAAUAUAUAGCCUAUCCUGUCCAUGGAUGAUAUUACGUAAAUACUAUACGUAAAUAAAAACCACGUGCCUCAAAGAUGUAAGGUUCGUGCUAUCUGGGAUCCUUAGGACGUCCCUACCCUAAACCCUACUCUUACCCUAACCCUAACCGUCUGACAUUUCAACUUCAAAAUUGGGCGGGGACGACGUCCCAAGGAACACAGAUAGCAAGGACAAAAGAUGCAACUCAUAGCGCACAUAUUUCCUACGCACUGAACACGACAUACUGUAUGUACAGGUCGAGAUUGCUUGACUGAUUAUGUAGUUUCUCAGCACAGCAAAUUAACCUUACUCGAGGUGGCAGCGCUGUGCAUUAAGCCCCUAGGGUGGUAACGUGACUCCCCCUGGCAUAUCAGCCCCUGUCCUCUAUUCUCGUCCACCACAUCGCCACAGAGGACGUCAAGAUCGCAUCCAUCUUCAACUAGAAAUGGUUUACAAACUAUAUCUGACCCAAGCAGCAAUCCUCCCCGAUUCCGUACGUAUCCGCAAGGAGUCAUUCAAAUGCGCUGGUGUGCAUGCUGGCUGAAGUGUACUCUAGUGAAUUUGGGAAAGGUCAUUUAAAGUGCAAGGUGAGUGCGCCGAGAAUGAUUUGUGACAAAGGAAAUAUCAUCAAGAGGCAACAACAGUAACUUCAGGGUUUCAUUGCGAAAGCGCCUUUACACAAGAGCACGGAAUAAUCAUGCCUGUACGAAGAGGUCAUGUUGCGCCACAAAAUACAUUUCUUGGAAUAAUAAUACGGAAAUUCGAGGGACAGAGUAAGUAUACCAUCCCUGGUAUCCUCGUGUUAAUCUAAAGUGUUGUUCUUGGCAUUGUGGCGCUUGUGUUUUAUUAGUCUGUUUGUGGGUAUAGAGUUGGCAUAAAGUUACAUUUUUAAAGCUAUUUGAUCUUAUGAAUCAACAUGCAUAUUUAUCCAUUUAAGAAUGGAUUUGUUAAUUUUAAGAAUGCGUUAGAGUAACACAUCAAGCAGUGUCAAGAAUGUAUUAUGUUAUGCUCUAGUCUAAGUCAAUCGCUGUUCUCAGAAAUCAAGUGCUAUUUGACAACUUCUCAAAUUAUACCACCUUUGUAUUAAUUAUAUCAAAUACUGGACUGUCUUCAAUUUACAAAUACUCUUAAAAUGUUCAUAAACCUCCAAUCUAGAGACUACAUCCCAAUUGGUUUGAUAGCAUUGUGUUUUUUUUUUCCUUUUUCUUGCAGAUAGGAAAUUUGUCAUAGCCAAUGCCCGGGUGCAGAACUGUGCAAUCAUCUACUGUAAUGAUGGCUUCUGUGAGAUGACCGGCUACUCCAGAUCGGACGUUAUGCAGAAGCCGUGCACCUGUGAAUUCCUCCACGGCGAGCACACUGACACACAUGCCAUCAGCCAGGUGGCCCAGGCUCUGAUGGGCUCAGAGGAGCUCAAGGUGGAAAUCACAUAUCAUCGCAAAGAUGGUGAGUCAGUGUCAACCGGGCCAGCAACAGAGAGGUGUUGUUAUACACUAGGUGUGACAUGCUGUCUCUGAGAAAUCAUAAGCUACAGUCUCGCCACAAGACGUCCACCUCAAUAUUUGAGUCCCAAAUGGCACUCUAUUCUCUAUGUAGUGCACGACUAUUGACUAGAGCCCUUUGGGUUCUAGUGCACUAUAAAAGGGAAUAGGGUGCCAUUUGGGAUGUAGACUUGUUUUGGUUAUAUGUGCUGAUAUCCUACUAGAGAGAAUCGGUGAACACAGUAGAGAUGAGGUUAUACCGUUUUGACAGUGCACUUGACAGCGAGAAGUAAUGAGAGCCUUUCUUUCCAUUAAGAAAAUGUCUCCAUUGACCUGUGCAAUAAAUGUUCCUAUUCAUGUGGACGGAGCAAACAACAUUUAUAGGAAAUGACUAUCAAUAUCCAUAUUUCCUAUCUAUGUAGAAUGUGGAUCUUCCUUUGCAUUUACUGAACUAUGCUACUUUUUGAAAAUAUUGUAUUUAGCUACCAUCAAUAACAAUUUUGGUCUUAAACCAUUAUGGAUAUCAUUGUUUUGAUGAGGUAUGAUGUGAGAGAGUUUCAGCAAAUGUUAUUAUACUCUAAGCGAGGAAGCAAGAUAACCUUUGACAAUGAUCUCUGGCUUGAUAAAAAAAAAAAAAAAUGCCAUUGCAUAAUGGAGGUGUAAUCAGUGGCUUGGCAGACAAUACCAGAAGACUGAACAUUCCAAUUUAUUAAAGACCUUGGCAUUGGAGAGGUAUUAUAGCAAUAUACAGCACCUAGGAGCAUGAACCAGCAUAUUAUCAAUUUCCAAUGUAUUUUAUGUAUAGUAGAGACUGGCAGUGGCAAAAUGGUAGUUUGUACCUUCUCUUAGUCCUACUGUGACUAAGAUACAUGCAGUAGAGAGAGUGGAUCUUGACUCUGACAAGGUCAAUGGGGCUUGGUCAGCUGCCAUGACACAAUAGGGAGUAGUGUGUUGUCUGUGACUGACAGAGGAAAGGAAAGUGCUGUCUCAGUUCACUCUAGAGCACAGUAUACUGCGACUCACCUGCCUUCCUCCAAGGCUGUUCCAGACUAUUUUAAUGGGGAUACGAAUAGCUAACAGCGAAUCAAUGUAGUCUUGUUUCACAAUGAAAAUAAAUCAAUGAAUGACUGCAGUAUUUGCAUGCCGUCCUAUAAAAUCUCUCAACAGUGGAGAGAUGGGCCAUGCCCAGCCACAACCCUUAUAGAGAAAUCUAUGAGAGUCUGAACAAAAUAAUUCAUCUAGUAAUCAAUGUACCAUCAUCAGAGUGGAACCAGGCUACAUUCCAAAUAGUACCAUAUUCCCUACAUAGUGCACUACUUUUGACCAGAGCCCUAUAGGCUGUGGUCAAAAUUAGUGCACUAUAUAGCAAAUAGGGCACCAUUUGGGAUGCGGCCCCAGCUUCAAAAAGGUGGGCUUUUCUGUUUUCCUCUCAAUUUCUUUCCAACGCAAAUUAGAUCUAACUGUCAGUUCAGAGUUUUUCCCAUAGAGAUCAUAUUCUAAUUCCUUAUUCUAUGGCUUUUCCUGACCAUAUGAACUGAGCAGGAAAAGGACAUGUGAGUUGCCAUACUGAGCUUAUCCCUGUGAGGGGUGACACCAGGUCUCAUUCUAACUGUACUGUACAUUAUGUCUAUGAGGCAUUGUUAUUCAAGCAUAAGGUCCUUGACUCCUCUAGAUGUAAUCCAAAAGCAGAUGUUGUUAUUAUCUAGUCUAUCCUUGUUUGACUGUUCUCGUGAGGACCUUCAGUCCCCUUUGGGUUCCAUUUUCUUGGGCCACUAUCUCCAUAUGGGUGGAGUUCUUUUUUAGCUUGACUCUAGACAUGAUAUGAACCAUAGUCAGUGCAGGCAGCAGUACUGCCGCCCUCUGUAAAGUUGCAGUGAAUUAAAAUGAAGUUGCUGCUCAAUGACAUAAAUCUACAAAUGUAAUGCCACCUCCUGCCAUUUUCAGGCAGUUUAGGUCAGUAUAAUUCACCCCUCAAAGUCAAUGCAGGGAUAGUAUAUGAUGACAGGAAGGCAGGUUGUAUUUUUUGUUCCCCCGGUUCACGGCAAUAAAGAACGUUGAACCCAACUUAUUGUCUGCUGUUCACUAUACUGUGUACAUGACUGUAGAUUCACCGAAAACUUCCAAUAGUUCCAUUUGUUUUCUUCCAGCAGCAGCAGUCGUCAGCCUAGACAUUUCUGCUAAUCACGUGGAAAUCAGAGCCAGAUGCUCCUCG